GCAACUCUCCAAGAACCACAAAUGCCGGUGUCGACUGUUUCUGCCGCAGCCUACAUUGGACCGACAGCAGUCAAAACUUUCUUCAAGCACUCAAAGAAGAAACUCAAAAGGAAGGAGAAAGAAGACGCUCAAGACAGUGUCUUUUUCGACGAGGCAUUUCACAUAGUCAAGUCCUUUAUUGAAUUUGGCACUCUAAACACGGUGGAGAGCCUACAAUCAUUCACAAACACGCAUGUUCCAUCUCCCUAUUGGGCCGUGGUAGCUCCCGUCUCCAUCCCACUCACCACAUGCAAUGCUUCCGCCGACUAUUUGAUUGACUGGUUUGGCCCUGAAGAGCUCAAGUCUGUCGUGGGAGGUGAACGAUGGUGGCAAGUUCGAGGUCUGCAAGGUGUCGACGCAGAAUGGAUCACACAGAAGCAUUUGCUCCCCGACACCAAGGAUGACGACACAUUAGACGAAGCAACCAACGACAUUCGCAGAAUGGAUUCACUUGAAAGGGUUAUGCUAUAUGUCCACGGCGGUGGCUAUUUCUGGGGUUCAAUAAAUACUCACAGAUACCAGCUGAUACGCUAUGCUCGCAAAAUAGAGGGAAGAGUUUUUGCCGUCAACUACAGAAAAGCUCCACAAUAUCCUUGGCCGUGUCCAUUGCAAGACGUACUUGCAGCAUACUUGUAUCUUAUUCGUCCACCACCGAAUGCACCUCACAAGCCAGUAUCACCCUCCAAGAUCGUUUUAGCAGGCGACUCAGCAGGUGGCGGUUUAUGCCUCUCUAUGUUGUCCGUUCUUCGAGACAUGGAUAUUCCUUUACCUUCCGGAGCCGUUCUCAUCUCUCCUUGGGUGGAUCUUACGCACUCACUACCCAGCGUCAUGAACAAUACCAAGUCGGACAUAAUUCCUGAACACGGAUUUCUCGCAAAACCUAGUGCGCUAUGGCCCAUCGACCUUGUAGGAGAGGGUCGGGUAACCUCGACGAAAAGUAACCCCCCGCCGGAACCUGGGCAUGCAGACCAACUUCGUCCUACCGUCGCUCGGGUGCAAGAAGAGGCCGAAGAUAGAUCAGAACCGUCCACUCCUCCCGAUACCACCAAAGCAGAUGCAGACGAAUACGACAUUGACUAUUGGGAACCAAGGCCGCCCAAGGUGCAAAUGGCAGACUCAAAGGCCGUCCCGUUAGAGCUCCACUCCCAAAUUCAACUAUACGCGACCAACGAGCAGUUAACACAUCCCCUUGUCUCCCCGAUCUUGCAGGGCUCUUUGGCAAAUCUUCCUCCGCUUUACAUCCUGGCAGGUGACGGGGAAGUGCUCCGUGAUGAGAUUGUCUAUAUCGCCCAUCGUGCAUCGCACCCAGAAAAAUUUCCGACUCGCAAAGGAACACUCCGGGAUGCUCAUCGGCAGCAGGAAAACGCAGGUCGUUACACUGAGCCCACAAAAGUUCAUCUUGAACUGUAUGAUGAUAUGUGUCAUGUUCUGACUGUCUUCACCUUUACGGAAAGCGCCAAACAUGCGUACCGCUCCAUAGGCGCGUUCGUGAAGCACGUCACGAAUGCAGAGUCUACUCCAAGCAAUCCGUUCCCUCAUUUUACUGAUUUGACGGAUCCAUCCAGGAUGAUCCGUCAAAGGGUCGACAUCAAAGGCGAGUUGAGAGCGAUGGAACCAAUGGAGGAAAUGGACGUCUUGAAUAUCGAGCCCGGACAAAUCGGAAUAAUCAAGGAACAACCGACCGUACGGUGGUUCAAGGGCCAACAGCAAUGGGACAAGAAGUACAAACGAACGGCGGAGAAAGCGAUGAAGAAGAGGCAGAGGAAUCUAGAGAAGGCCGAGAAAAUUAUCGCCCACGCAAAAGAGCAAGGACUGCAGCAUGUUUCAGAUUCUGGUGUUGCAACGACGCCAGACUCCGCAUCGUUGCAUGAGACGGGAGGUGUCAUUGAGCGGGAGCGACGAUGGGGCCCACUAGACCUUGAUGACGAGCGACCACCACCCUCGGCCAUCGCAAAAAGGCUCGAUACACCAGAAGCCCUCGCAUUAUUGAAGAAACAUAUCUACCAUACGGCUCCCGCUACCCACCGAACCAUACCCAAGCUUAAGUUGUCGGAUGCAGUCAAGGCGGCACUGGACCCCAAUGACGAUCCCAACAAGCCUCCCAAACAGUCUGUGGCUGAGGCGCAAGUUCGCAAUAACAUUGGCUUGAACGGCAUGCGCGUUUGGGAUGUGCUUCUCGGGUACUUUAUGAGGAAGAGCACCGAGACGGCGGAAAACGGCAAGGAGGCUGUCAAAAACGCAGUGAACGCUUGA